GACCACCACGAUUCGUUCGGCGGGGUAAGCACUUGUCGUUGACGGAAGACGGAGGGCACGUGGCGUAAGCACAAGAAUCCAGUGGGUCGCUUCUUCUGAGUCGCCUCAGACAACACUAGGUUAUCUCCUUACUAUACCAUUUUCCAUUGAGCUCUAUGAAAUAAUACAAAGUUUUCUAAUAGCCCAUGGCGCCACCCGCGCGGGCCGCCGUCCCCGACGCGGCGGCAGCGCGGCAUCUCACGAUCGACGGCGACGUCGGCCUGUCGGACGACGCGGCUCGGAGCCUGGCUCGCGGGUUCUUCCUGGGAGGGUUCCUGCUGCUGCCGUGGCUGUGGUUCGUCAACUGCUACUUCUUCUGGCCCGUGCUUCGUUAUAACGCCGGCCACGAUCCCCUGCUGCGAUCCUACGUGGUUGGUUCGGCCAUUGGCUGCAGCGUGGCCUUCUCCCUCCUUGCGUGUUGGUCCUUGGCCUAUUCUGUAGGCGGGGAGGCAUUACUAGGGACUGAAACGUGGCAGCGUUUAGCGGUGUACAAUAUUGUAGAUGGCAUUUUGUAAGCUGCAAAAGCGCUUUCAGUGUGUAAUAUACAUCCGCUACUCUCAGCCUGGGCCUGAUCUCUCAAAAUUGGACUCGUCUGCCCUCACUAUUGGUCUUGCAGCGGGGUUGGAUGCAGCUCGGUAGGGUGCAAAGGAAUUUUGCUUAGGUGCAGGGCUCUUAUAAGUGAGUCGAUCCUCGCCUUGGGCUCUUAUAAGAGGCAACUUGUAUGUUACUACCACACCCUUCAUGGGCAGCA